UAGUCCUUGUCUUCCCAAUCAACUGUGUCAGUGUGUUGUAUUGUCUUUUGGUUUCAUGCCAGGAUAUCUAUGCCUUGCCUUGCCAUGUUUUGCCACAGUAUUCUUUGAUCCCAAGUCACAAUCUUAAUCAGGAAAAUAACCAGAAAGGAUGAAUCGCUCCUGUGUGAACUGCUUGAAGACUAUGGUGCUAAAUCUCAACUUUUUGUGCUGGCUGUGUGGUGCGUUUGUAGUGGCAUUUGGGGAGUUCCAGAUGAUGCACUGCAAAUUUACCUCGCUCAUCACCACCUUCUGGCCCAUCUAUCCAGCCAACACUCUAGUGGUUACAGGUACCAUUGUUACCUGUGUGUGUUAUGUGGGAGUGUUAGGAGGCAUGAGGGAGAACCGCUGCAUGCUCAUCAGUUAUUUUAUCCUGUUGUGCAUCCUGAUGUUGGUGGAGCUGGCCAUGGCCUGUGUGUUCUUGGUCCACAGCAGAGAGAUUGACACAUACUUUGAGAAAGAUCUAAUGCAAAGCUUGGAGAUCUACAGAGAGUCCAGUCAAGAAGGCAACAAGACCAUUAAAGAUGAUUUUGAUGCUGUCCAGCAUCUGUUUAGGUGCUGUGGAGUGUAUGGUGUGGCAGACUGGAAGGGUAACAUCCCCAUCUCUUGUUGUACCAAGGACCCCUGUAACACCCUCCUCCAUGCUAACUGGCAAGAGGGUUGUCUUGUGAAACUGAGGGAUUGGUUCACCAGAAAUUAUCUUAGCACAGGCGCAGGUGUUGUCACAAUGUUUAUCAUACAGUUUAUAUGUCUGUGUAUCUCCAUCCCUCUUUUUUGCCACAUCAGUCGACGUGGACUGGGUUACCAAUGAAAACGGACCAGUGAAACUGCAUCUGCAUUUUACAGCACAUUUCUGAAUGUCACUACGUUGCUUUUCCUUGUAUUAACUUUUCAUUCAUGUGUUCUGAAUGACCAGGGAUAUGUUGAUUGCACUUAUUAUUAUUACUAUUGAUCAUAUAAGAACUUCCCUAAUCCACCAAAAGACACCAAAAAGUCUGGACUAAAAGAUAUGCCUCCCAGACACCUGUCCCUCCCAGUACAUUGGACAUUUUGGACUACAUGUAGGCAAAGUAGAGUUAGAAAAAAAAUCUAAUUAGACAUUUUGAACACUUAAUAAAUCAUUAUUUUC